GCCAAGCAAAAGAUAGAGAGGGAAGAGGAAGAGAGAGACGUGUCUCGUGCUGCUGAGUGAGAAUGGCUGGAAGGCAGCACAGCUUCUGAAAGCAGAAACAUCCAGCCCUGAAAAGACAUAAUUCAGUGGAAUAUAUUGGGAAGCAGACCAGGAUAAAGGAAGAAUGACUGAAAGAGAGCGCCUGGAAAAAUGGAGAGAGCAGAUGGGAAAGGAGCUGGAUAGGGUAAUGGGGUUUUGGACACAGCAUUCAAUGGACAAGGAUUAUGGUGGUUUCUUCACAUGUCUGGCUCAGGAUGGAGCUGUUUAUGAUGACCUCAAGUACAUCUGGCUGCAAGGACGACAGGUUUGGAUGUACUGCCGCCUUUAUAGGAAAGUGCCCAGAUUUCAUCAGCAGGAGAUACUUAGUGCUGCUAUAGCAGGUGGUGAGUUUCUAUUGUCUUAUGCUUGCCCCAGUGCUCAUUCUCUGAAAUGUGCCUUUGUGGUGACAAGGAAUGGGCAAGCAGUGAAAAUUCAGCGCACCAUCUUUAGUGAGUGUUUCUAUGUUAUGGCCAUGGAUGAACUCUGGAGAACUACACACGAGGAGCGGUACAAGAAAGCAGCACAUGAGAUGAUGGUUCAGAUUGUUCAUUGGGUGCGAGUGGAUCCAUCAGGUUUGGGGAGAGUAGAGUUGCCUGGCGCUGCUCAAGUAAAUGCCAUGGCAGUGCCAAUGAUGCUACUGAACUUGGUGAGUCAACUGUGUGAGGGGGAUGAAGAGAUGGCCAAAAAAUAUGAAGAAGUAGGAACAUGGAGUGUGAAGAUGAUCCUGCAGCAUCUGCAGCGAGAUGGAAAAGCUAUUUUGGAGAAUGUAUCUGAACAGGGACAGGAGCUUCCAGGCUGCCUUGGGAGACAUCAGAACCCAGGUCACGCAAUUGAAGCAGGUUGGUUUCUGCUGCAGCAUGCCAUUGCUCACUCUGACGAUAGCUUGGUGCAAACAGCAGUGGAGAAAUUUGUAAUGCUUCCUUUUCUUUUGGGGUGGGACCAGGAGUAUGGGGGUCUCUUUUCUUUUCAAGAUGUUGAUGGACACUGCCCUACACAGCUGGAGUGGAACAUGAAGCUGUGGUGGCCACACACGGAAGCACUUAUUGCCUUUCUUCUGGCCUAUCAAAAGACUGGAGACCAACGGCUUCUGGAGCAUUUUGAAAAAGUCUGCGAAUAUGUAUUCAGCCGGUUUUCAGACCCAGAACAGGGGGAAUGGUUUGGUUACCUAAACAGAGAAGGUAAUGUGGCCCUUACCAUCAAAGGUGGACCAUUUAAAGGAUGUUUCCAUGUUCCAAGGUGCCUCUAUAUGUGUGAGGAGAUACUCUCCCAGCUUCUGGAUGCAAAAAACAAAACCUGAAAUCUGCGCCUUAGGUGUUUACUGGGCAUUGCUUUAUGGAUUUAUAAGGCCAAGCCAUGAAUCAUUUUGUUGCUGACAUUCUAAUCCACUUCAUUCAUCGACAACUAACAAGCUAAUCAGUCAAAACCAGAAAUCUUUUCAACUUAUAUUAAAAAAAAAUAUAUAACUACCUGUCCUAUGUUCUGGUUAUUUUAAUAAGCUGUUUAAUUUACUGUUCAUAAUAUAAUUACAUCAUUCUAAAAAUAAACAUCAAUCUAAAA